AUGAAAUGCUUAACUGAAUUUAUCCCAUGGAAGAAGGUGAUCGUUCGAGCAACUCACCUUCUAUUAGUCUUCGGUGUUGUUGCGUCACUUGUUUUCCAACCAUCUGAUCUCCGUACUGCUCUAUACGAAACAUCGAAAUAUUCUUAUUGUAUUGCUUAUGGUCUUCUUGUUUACGUUUCUCUCUUCUUCUAUUUUAUGACUUGUUAUACCGAUCCGGGCUAUGUACCAUAUAAACGUGUGCCCAACUGGACUGGGGGAAUGAAUUCAACAUCGGAUGACGAUGAUGAGGAAGAAGAUAUAAGUGAACAAAACACGAAAGUACCUCGAGAUAGUCAUCUACGUAAAUGUUUAUUGUGCAAUAUCGAGCAACCACUCCGCAGUCAUCAUUGUGAUUUUUGUAACCGAUGUGUGCUCAAAUAUGACCAUCACUGUCCAUAUCUUGAAACGUGUAUCGGCGAGCAUAACCAUCGUUACUUUUGGUAUUUUCUUCUAACAACAGAUAUCUUAAUCGUCUGGUCAAUAAUGUUAUGCAGUCGAUCAUUUGUUCCAUUCAGCGAUUGGUCAUCGUGGUUGCAUAUGAAUAAAUUUCGUUUAUUCUCUAUGCACGUUCUCAUAAUCUCACUCUGUGCGACAACAAUUCUGUUUUGUAUUCAUUCCUUUUUCGCUCUGACUAAUUCGACAACGUGGGAACGCGUAUCACGACAUCGAAUUACAUAUUUGAAUCGUUUGCCAGAUGAAGAUCUCAAUCCAUUUCAUCAAGGUUACUGUCAUAAUUUCUUCUAUACAUUUCUUUGCCAUCGGGUGAAAGAACAACAAUGGGAUAUUGUUUAUAAGAAGCGUGUUGAAGAACAUGUGACAUUGAAUAUGUAA